UUUAACGUUACUAAAAAUUGUAAAGAGUAAUUUUACAGCAUUUGUUUUAAUUUUUUUUAGAGAAAGAGAGAGAAGAGAAGAGAGAGAGAGAGAGAGAGAAAGAACUUUUUGUAAUUAAACCAAUUUUUUUGUGUAUCAAUUCGAAUGUAUUUUACAUACGUUGUACGUCCUGGAGAAGCUCCAGAGGGUCGUGGACCCCAAUUUCAACCUUUUUGGGAUCAUGUUUUACGUUAUAAUUUAAGAGGAGGGUUUGCACUUGAACUUUUUGGUUAUUCUCUUAUUCUUAUAAGUGCAUUAUUGGGUGGUAACAUUUUUUAUAUUGUUGAACCCUUAAUAGGAAGUAUAAAGGAAUUGAAAGAUGUUCCCAUUAUUUUAACACUUUUGGGUACUUUUUUUUAUACAGUCGGAGCAGUUUGGCUUCAAAAUUUUGGAAGUAUUGCGGAUGAUGAUGGAAGUAUUAAACACUCAAGAGGGUUUCGAGCAGGCAUUAAAAUACUUCAUCAAGCAUCCUUACUUGAAAUAAUUUCUUGGUCUAUGACAACAAUUUCACUAUUUUCUUUUGUUGAAUAUUUUGAAGAUCAAUGGUCCAAUCAAGCAUAUGCUAGUGGUUCAACAGCGCUUUAUGGAUGCGUCGCGAGAUCUUUACAUGCUCUUUCUUUACUUUUGUAUAGUUGUUCUUUAUGCUUUCUUGAAAAUUUCCAUACAGAAGGGACCGGGGAAGUUUUAGGUUGGCUUCUAUGUUUGUUGUAUCAACUAUCUGGUAUUUUUGAAUUAUUAACUUUAAUUACGGGAGAAGGAAAACUUCAUACAACGUUUAGUGUUGUAUUUACCCUUUUACUAGGAUUUGCUUUGAUACUAUCUUUCUUUUGGUCUCUCUCGUUCGAACACCUUUUAAACGAAUCCGAUGUGAAAUUAACCCAGUCAGCAAUGAGAAACGAAUUUUAUAAAUCUCGCAACGCUAUGGCCUAUUACGGUCCUCCAACGUGUGUUGAAAUGCAAGAAAAAAUUGAAAAUUAAAACGAUGGAUUUUAUUGACUUUAAUUAGUCUUUUUAUUAUGUAUUUUGAAACAAUUAAACGAAAAAAAAAAAUGGAUUAAACCCAUAUUUUUUUAUGUACGAUUUGACAUUUAUUCUGAAAAAAGCAUAUAUUUUGGAUUUUUCUAUCUAAAUACAAAAAAAAAAUAAUUUAAAAACAAUUAAAAAAAAAGAAAAUAUCCAUUUCUUAAAAUUUGGUUUUCCAUAUAUUUUAAAUACAGCGUUAAUACUUUUGUAAUUUAACAGUAUGAA